AUGGCCACAGACCAAGCCCUCCCCACUCGAGUCGUGGCCGGUGUCACCAUUCCAGACACGCCCCUGAUAACCAAAGCCCUUGCAUUUGCUCGGAAGCACCUGGAAGACUAUGGUUACAACCAUAUCUAUCGAUCCUUCUUGUUCGGGUUCAUCAUUGCCGACAAAAUCCCUGAGUUGAAGGACCGCGACAGAGAAGCGCAUGCUAUUGCAGCUAUUCUCCACGACCUGGGAUGGGACCAUACUGGCGAACUGAUCUCGAAAGACCGCCGUUUCGAAGUCGACGGUGCCGAUGCUGCUCGCAGUUUUCUUCGCAAAGAGGGGGUAACCGAGGAAUGGGAUAAGCAUAGGCUGCAGCUUGUUUGGGAUGCCAUUGCGCUUCACACUAUCGGCAGCAUUGUCUUCCAUAAGGAGGCCGAAGUCCAGGCCAGCUCGUACGGCAUCUGGGCCGAUUUUCAAGGGCCCGAUCGCAUCGCUAAUAAUUUACUGACUUGGGACGAGUAUAAUAAAGUUGUCGCUGAAUUCCCGCGUCUAGAACUCAUGAAAGGACUCAAGCAAGUCAUGUGCAAUAUAUGCCUGACAAAGCCCGAAACAACAUAUGACAACACCGUCGCCGAAAGGGCAAACUCACUCAAGAUCUCUUGGAUAGCUGUAACUUGGAUUGUCUUUAGUCUGUAUACCAAUUGA